UUGAAAAAAAACAGCACAAAAAUAUUUCAUGAUCAAGGAGAGGUGAUGCUGGAGCAUGUUUAUUUGCUUCUUUAGUGCAGUUAUUGUAGUUUUAUUAUACUUUUAAAGUCUUUUUUUUUAAAAGAAGCAAUUGUACAGCUUGUCUCUUAAGUCUUUUCAGCGUUUGAAAUGAAAGAAGAGAUUGCAGCCACUGUGUUUUUCAUUGCGAGGUUGGCAAAGAAGCAUGGCAAACUGGAUCGUGUUCGCAGAGAGAUGUUUGCUGUGGAACUAACUUCAGUACUCUUUGAAAAUUACAAAAGCCAUUGGUACCCAGAGAACCCACCCAAAGGCCAAGGUUUUCGGUGUCUAAGGAUGAACAAGGCUCAACUGAAGGACCCAGUUAUUGCGCGUGCAUGUUGUCGAAGUGGUAUUAUUUAUGAAGAUCUUUGCCUACCAAAGGAAAUUACCAUUUGGGUGGAUCCUGGAGAGGUGUCAUGCCGGUAUGGUGAGAAGUCAACCCCGUUUUGUGUGACCCAGCUGGAGGGUCAGAAAAGAGAUGUAGAGUUCUCUCGUAGGAUCAAUAACGCAGUGGAAAGGGCAUCAUCUGACUAUCACUCUGGAACAUCCUCUGAUGAGGAAAGCAGCAACACCAGCAUGAGCAGCAGCAUCAGCACUACCAGCAGCAAUCUUUCAGUUCCAGAACCCAAGUGCAUUCCCACGGUCUCAAACCCCAACAGUGUCUACCAGCUCAGUGAGUUUGGACCACCCCAACCCCCACAGAAUUGGGGUCCGUACCCCAAAAGAAAGCCGUAUCCGAAUGAGGGCUACCAGCAGCAUUCUUCAGGUGGGCCAUACCCACCCCAUAAGAGCUUCAAGGGUUACCGGCUUUCCUAUGCCUUCUCUGGGCCAAGGGUGGACCGAUAUCACUGGGUCAGCAAGAACCGCUCUUAGACUUUUAAAACUAGAAUGUGUCAUCUUUUUGCUGUUCAGCUAUGCAGGCAUAUGUUGGUGUCAUUUUAAUACAGGUUAAUUUAAAAAGUAAUGCUUUAAUAAAUUAUUUGAGAUGCCGUGAAGGCAAUUUUAACGUCUUGUUUUAAUGCUUUAUUUGUGGAG